GCGUGUGUUGUGUCACAAUUGUACCUGCAACGAGAAAGAUAAGACACAAGACAAAAGUACAAACACACUGGUCUUCACCUAGUGUUACUCACUCCUCCAAAUCUAUACAUUGUUGUUUCUGCUGCGGAAGACACACACAUAGCAAAAAUGGAUAAACAAGAAAGAACAAUGUUCAGAUCAUUCAGUUCAAAGUGUUUAACCCACUUUGCGAUCUAAAUCUUCCAAAUGCACUUGUUUCCCACACUUUCAUUAUGAAGCUUUUUCGUCAACGCCAAAGGAUCCUCAUUCUCUCUCUUCUCUUUCUUUCCCUCGUUGCUCCUCUCAUUUUCUUAGGGAGAAGAGAGUUCCUUGAAGAUUUGUAUCGUGUUACAUACAGGACGGAUAGUUUGAAGUUAAAUGCUGCAGAACAGAUUCAACAAGAUGCUGAAGAAUUAGAAGAGCCUAAUCAAGUUGUUUAUAAACAAAAAGACGUUUCAACAAUUAGUUAUGGUUCAGAAAAGAAUAAUGAUGCUGAGGAACCUAGAAUUGCAGCUGUUGAAAGAAAUGGAUUCAACCAUGAUGAAAGACAAGACAAGGAUGCUCAGGGAAAAGAUGUAUCCUCCAUAGACGAAGAUACAAAUGUAAAUGAUGUUGUGCAUGGAACAUCGAAGGAGAAUAUUAAAGUGACCAAUAGGACAUCAGGUCGAAUAGCAGACCAUCAUCAUAUUUUAAACUCUAAUUCUCGUGAAGUGAAAAAUCAGAAGGUUCAAGAGAUUAAGGAUAAAAUUUUAAUGGCUAAAGCAUACUUGAAGUUUGCACCACCAAGCACCAACUCACACUUGAAGGAGCUGGAGCUGCAAAUGAAAGAGAUGGAGCGAGCAGUAGAAGGAGCCACCCGGGAUUCAGAUUUGUCAAGGAGUGUUUUGCAGGCAAUGAGACACAUGGAGGCCUCACUGUCUACUGUCAGCCGUUCUGUCUCAGACUGUUCUGUGGCUUCUAAGCUUCAAGCAAUGAAGCGCAAAACUGAAGAGCAAGUUCGUUUUCAGAGAAGUCGAGCAACAUAUCUUGUUAAUCUUGCUGUAAGGACUGCCCAAAAAAAUUUUCACUGCCUUUCUAUGCGGCUGACUGCUGAAUAUUUUGCCCUAAGACCUGAGGAAAGAAAGCUUCCAAAUGAAAAUAAGAUUCAUCAUCCAGAACUUUAUCAUUAUGUUGUCUUCUCUGACAAUGUUCUGGCAUGUGCAGUUGUUGUUAACUCUACUGUCUCUACUGCCAAGGAACCAGGGAAACUUGUUUUCCAUAUAGUCACUGAUUCUCUCAACUUGCCAGCGAUCUCGAUGUGGUUCUUGAUAAACUCUCCUGGCAAUGCCACAGUCCAUAUACAGAGCAUAGACAACAUUGAAUGGUUGUCGAAAUACAAUACCUUCGGUAAAAAUGGUAACAACGAUCCAAGAUACACUUCUGAAUUGAUCUACUUGCUUUUCUACCUGCCUGACAUUUUCCCUGCCCUAAAUAAGAUUGUGAUCUUUGAUCAUGAUGUGGUGGUUCAACAAGAUCUCAGUGGACUAUGGAAUGUCAAUAUGAAUGGAAAUGUUAAUGGAGCUGUUGGAACUUGUCAGGAAGGCAAAACCCCAUUUCAUAGGAUUAAUGGGUUCAUAAACUUCUCAGAUCCACUAAUUGGAGAGAGUUUUGAUGCCAAUUCUUGCACAUGGGCAUUUGGAAUGAAUUUGUUUGAUUUGCAACAAUGGAGGAGACAUAAUUUAACGGCUGUCUAUCACAAAUAUUCACAAAUGGGUUCUGAGAAGCCAUUGUGGAAUUGGAACGUUGCACGUAUGCCUUUAGGUUGGCUCACCUUCUAUAACAAGACAGAGGUGUUGGACAGACUAUGGCACAUUCUUGGCCUUGGUCAUAACUCAGGAGUUGAUCGAAAUGACAUUGAGCAGGCUGCUGUUGUACACUAUGACGGGAUUAGGAAGCCAUGGUUAGAUAUUGCAAUGGGAAGAUAUAAAGGUUAUUGGACCAAAUUUUUGAAUUUUGACCACCCUUUUCUACAACAGUGCAAUCUCCAGCCAUAGCUCAAAAUCUAAAACUGUCUACUUCUCUUGUUGACAAGUCUGGUAGCACAUUAAUCGCUUGAUUCACUUUAUUCUUUCUGCGAUUCUUGUUGUAUAGUUCUCCAUCCUCGUUCUCUCCAAUUUACAGUUACAAUCAAGAUAAGUGUCAGUGAUGAGUGUUUUAGUGGACACUGAUGCUACUGCUUCUUGUGAGUCUACACUCUACAUAGUUGCCUCUUAAUUCAUGCCAACAUUCUUUGUUAUUUUGUUCCAUGUGCCAACGGGGAGCUGUACUAUAGUUUACAUGGAAGAACAAAUUUACAAAUUAGAAUAGAGAUGAUGGCUGCAUUUUGAUUUUUUUAGCAUGAUUUGAUCUUUAAUCUUUACAUGGUGGAAAGGAAAGACCAUUGUGUAAUCUUUCCAACAGGCAAGACCAAUAUGACCUAGUUGUGUUUCAUUUUUUGGCGGUUAUGGAAGACCGAAGAUCAGAAGCGAAACUGGACAGCAACCAAAGGUUAGAAAGGUGUGGAAUGGCUGAAGAAGUCUGUUAUAUCUCAAUACUGUAAGAUUAGUUCAAAAUUGUCAUCAUUCUGAUAAAAAAAAUCAUGUGGUUGUGCUAUGGCCCCUCAAAUAUUUUGUAGGUGCUAUUGGAAAAUAUCUGAUGUUUUUUGCCCUGUAUUUUGAAUGGAAUCAGCUGUUUGUGUGUUUUGCUAAUUGCUGUUGGAAAAUGGUUGGUUUGAGAAACAAUUUAUUUCCUAUUUGUAUUUAAAAAAAAAAUCCUGUUUUUAUUUUGAUUAUUA